AUGAGCAUAAAGAAGUCUUAGUAAAUUAGCUUUUAGGAAUAUAACCUACAAAAAAAUCUAGAAAUGAUAACUAGAAUAGCAACUCCAUUGACAAGUGCCAAAAUUGAAGUUAUUGUAGGAUAAUAAUCCUAUGCUAACCUAAGUCUCUUAAGUUUAUGUAUAGAUAGUAUUAACUAUGUAUUAAUUAGAUAAAACAUAGUUGUAUACACUCCUAUAAUUAGUUUGAAUCUACUACGAAAACUUAGUCUUAAAUCUUUGAGAAAUCAACACAAUAGAAGCCUUAUAAAGCAGGAUCAUUGCAUUUAACAAUAUCAAGAUUGA